AUGGCCACCGAGUUGACCGUCCAGUCCGAGCGCGCUUACCAGAAGCAGCCUCACAUCUUCCUUAACACCAAGGCCAAGCCUUCGUCCAAGAAGACUACCCAGGGCCGCCGCUGGUACAAGGAUGUCGGUCUCGGUUUCCGUACCCCCAAGACCGCCAUUGAGGGAACCUACAUCGACAAGAAGUGCCCCUUCACUUCCCAGGUGUCCAUCCGCGGCCGUGUCCUCGUCGGCAAAGUCGUCUCCACCAAGAUGCACCGUACCCUUGUCAUCCGCCGCGAAUACCUGCACUACGUCCCCAAGUACAACCGUUACGAGCGUCGCCACAAGAACCUGUCUGCCCACGUCUCCCCCGCUUUCCGUGUUGAGGAGGGUGACAUGGUUACCGUCGGCCAGUGCCGUCCUCUCAGCAAGACUGUUCGCUUCAACGUGUUGAAGGUUCACGCCAAGACCUCGCGCGCUGUCAAGUCUUUCUCCAAGUUCUAGGUUAAUAAACCGGGUGUUUUGAAGGCGAAGGAAGCGGUAUGGACUGGAUAUACGGGAAGUUCUUGGAUGGGGAUCGGGAUAGUUUAUGAGUUUCCA